AUGGAGACGGGGCAGAGCGCACCGGUCGCGGACCCGGGAGGAGAGCACUCCGCCGGGGUGUGCGUGGUGGACCGCGACCGGGAAAGGGACCGGGAGAGAGGCGAGGUGUCCAGUCCCAGUCCCCCGGCUAAGCAGCGCUCCCUGCGGGCUGUGUACGUCCUGAACGACGGGCUGAAGUCGGUGAUGGCCAGCAGCCCCGAGUCGGGAGCGCUCCAGUGCCUCCAGAGAGCGUGCGACGCCGAGAGCGCGCUGCUCACCACCGUCACCUUCGGCAGGCUGGAUUUUGGAGAGACGUCGGUGCUCGACACAUUCUACGAUGCAGACAUUGCAGUUGUGGAUAUGAGUGAUGUGUUUCGUCAGCCCUCCCUGUUCUACCAUCUGGGAGUGAGGGAGAGCUUUGACAUGGCCAACAACGUCAUACUGUACCAUGACACUGACCCUGACACUGCCCAGUCACUGAAGGACAUGGUGGCACAGAAAAACACAGCAUCCAGUGGUAACUAUUACUUCAUCCCCUACAUCCUGACUCCUAACCACGAGUACAUGUGCUGCGAGAGCGACGCCCAGCGCCGGGCCAGCGAGUACAUGCAGCCCAGCUGGGACAACCUGCUGGGGCCGCUCUGCGUCCCCCUCACGGACCGCUUCACCAGCCUGCUCAAGGACAUCCACGUCACGUCCUGCGCCUCCUUUAAAGACACCCUGCUGAACGACAUCAGGAAGGCCAGGGAGAAGUACCAGGGCGAGGAGCUGGCCAAGGAGCUCUCCCGGAUCAAACUCCGCAUCGACAACACCGAGGUCCUCACGCAGGACAUCGUCAUGAACCUGCUGUUCUCCUACAGAGACAUCCAGGACUACGACGCCAUGGUGAAGCUGGUGCAGACCCUGGAGAUGCUGCCGACCUGCGACCUGGCGACGCAGCCCAUGAUCCAGUUCCACUACGCCUUCGCCCUCAACAGGAGGAACAGCCCUGGCGACAGGGAGCAGGCUCUGAAGGUGAUGCUGCAGGUGCUGCAGUCGUGCGAACACCCGGCGCCGGACAUGUUCUGCCUCUGCGGGCGGAUCUACAAGGACAUCUUCCUGGACUCCGACUGCAAAGACACCAAGAACAGGGACAACGCCAUACAGUGGUACAGAAAAGGUUUUGAGCUGCAGCCCACUCUCUACUCGGGGAUCAAUCUGGCUGUGCUGCUCAUAGUUGCUGGUCAGCAGUUUGAGAGCUCCAUUGAACUGAGGAAAAUAGGUGUGAGGCUGAACAGUCUGCUGGGCCGCAAAGGCUCCCUGGAGAAAAUGAAUAACUACUGGGAUGUGGGUCAGUUCUUCACUGUUAGCAUGCUGGCUAACGACAUCCCCAAAGCGACGCAGGCCGCCGAGAAGCUCUUCAAACUCAAACCACCUCUCUGGUACUUGCGCUCAGUGGUGCAGAACCUGCAGCUGAUCCAGAGGUUCAAGAAGCAGAUGGUCGAGCAUUCGCCCCAGCGGGAGAGACUCAACUUCUGGAUGGACAUCAUCGUCGAGGCCACGAGGGGCACCACCAACGGGCUGCGCUUUCCCGUGCUGAUUCUGGAGCCCACCAAGGUGUACCAGCCGUCGUAUGUGUCCAUCAACAAUGAGGCCGAGGAGAAGAACGUCUCCAUCUGGCACGUUUCUCCUGCUGAAACGAAAGGGAUCCACGAGUGGAACUUCACCGCGAUGUCCAUCAAAGGCAUCAGCAUCAGUAAGUUCGACGAGCGCUGCUGCUUCCUCUACGUCCACGAUAACUCCGACGACUUCCAGAUCUACUUCUCCACUGAGGAUCAGUGCGGUCGGUUCUGCUCCAUGGUGAAAGAGAUGAUAUCUGACGGCACAGGGAAUGCUGUGGAGCUGGAAGGGGAAGGGGAUGGAGAUACUCUGGAGUACGAAUACGACACCAACGAGACCGGGGACCGGGUGGUGCUCGGGCGGGGCACCUACGGAGUGGUGUACGCCGGGCGGGACCUCAGCAACCAGGUCCGCAUCGCCAUCAAGGAGAUCCCAGAGAGAGACAGCAGAUACUCCCAGCCACUUCAUGAGGAGAUCGCUCUUCACAAGUACCUGAAGCACAGGAACAUCGUCCAGUAUCUGGGCUCUGUUUCGGAGAACGGGUACAUCAAGAUCUUUAUGGAACAAGUCCCCGGAGGAAGCCUGUCUGCGCUGCUGCGGUCCAAAUGGGGCCCGCUGAAGGAGGCAACGAUCAUCUUCUACACCCGGCAGAUCCUGGAGGGGCUCCGAUACCUGCACGAGAACCAGAUAGUGCACAGGGAUAUCAAGGGUGAUAAUGUACUGGUGAACACCUACAGUGGUGUCUUGAAGAUCUCAGACUUUGGUACCUCCAAGCGGCUGGCGGGCGUCAACCCCUGCACCGAGACAUUCACCGGUACUCUCCAAUACAUGGCUCCAGAAAUCAUCGACAAGGGCCCUCGAGGCUACGGAGCCCCGGCUGACAUCUGGUCCCUCGGCUGCACCAUCAUAGAAAUGGCUACAGGGAAACCUCCUUUCCACGAGCUCGGGGAACCGCAGGCCGCCAUGUUUAAGGUGGGGAUGUUUAAGAUCCACCCGGAGAUCCCGGAGUCUUUGUCCGUGGAAGCGAAAUCGUUUAUCCUGCGGUGCUUCGAGCCGGACCCUCACAAGAGAGCCACGGCCGCAGACCUGCUCAGAGACACCUUCGUGAGACACAACACCAAGGGCAAGAAGAGCAAGAUCGCCUUCAAACCAUCAGUGUGGCAAGACUACAUCCACAGCGUCUCCCUGCCGGUGCAGCUGCAGUGCGAGGCGACUGGCAGCAGCAGCAGCGAGCACGGCUCCGUCAGUCCAGACUGCGACUCCAAACACGACGUUUUCUUCCAGAAGAAGAAACUGUCCGCCUCGGAGAACCUGCUCAAACCCUCCAACUCCAACUACCUGAGUGUUCCCGAUGAGGGUUCGGUGUCCGAGGACCGCAGCGUGCCCCCCUCCCCUGAGGACCGGGACAGCGGUCUGUUCCUGCUGAAGAAGGACAGCGAAAGACGGGCCAUCCUGUUCAAGGUCCUGAACGAAGACCAGGAGAAGGUCAUCUCCAACCUCAUGGAGAACCACAUCCAGGGCAGCGAGGAGCUGCAGCUGUCCGUCGACCACAUCAAGCAGAUCAUCUGCAUCCUGCGAGACUUCAUCCAUUCCCCCGAGAGGCGCGUCAUGGCCACGACCAUCUCCAAGCUCAAGCUGGACCUGGACUUCGACUCCACUUCCAUCAACCAGAUCCAGCUGGUGCUCUUUGGCUUCCAGGACUCGGUGAACAAGGUGCUGAGGAACCACCACAUUAAACCCCACUGGAUGUUUGCGAUGGAUAACAUCAUCCGGCGAGCGGUGCAGGCCGCCGUCACCAUCCUCAUACCAGAGCUGAAGACUCAUUUCGGCCCGGCGUCAGAGAGCGAAGGAGCGGAGAAGGAGGACGAGGUGGACGAGGAGGAGGCGGAGUUCGGCCCCGUCUUAGCUCCUCCCACUGACGACCCCAGGGCGACCCCUGACCCCACCGCCUCUGGGGCGAGCACGCUAAGCUCCGCCCACUCCCAGGAGCCGCAGCGCUCACACCACCCGCUGGGAGCUCAGCUGGGACGGCUCAAACAAGAGACUAACCGGCUGUUGGAGGAGCUGCUGCAGAAGGAGAGGGAGUACCAGCAGGUGCUGAAGGCCACGCUGCAGCAGAGGACCCACGACCUGGAGCUGGCCCGGGUCAGGCACAGACCAGCAGACGUUUCACCUCCCUCCAUCUUCCACAUCCCAGCUGACCACGAGCCUGACAAGCAGCUCUCUGAUUGGCUGAAAGACCAGGGGGCAGAUCCUGAGACCAUAGACAAGUUUGCGCUGGAGGAGUACACACUGAACGACAUUCUCAGCGACGUCACCAAAGACGACCUGCGCUAUCUCCGCCUACGGGGCGGGGUGCUCUGCCGCAUCUGGCGGGCGAUCCAGCGGCACCGAGAGCGAGAGAGGCUGAGGAGCGACGAAUGCACGGAGGAGGAGGAGGAGGCGUGAUGGGACAGCUGGACGACAACCCCUGGAGGACUCAGAAACACGCACACACACACCACACUACCAGUACCAGUACCAGCCCUGCGUCGCUCUCUCCUCUCUCUCUCUCUUUAGCUCUCUCUCUCUCUCUCUUUAGCUCUCUCUCUCUCUCUCUCUCUCUCUCUCUCCCUCUCUCUCUCUCUCUCGGCACAGACGGGCCACGGUGUGCACAGGAGAGCGCCACAGUGCCUUUUCACGUUGGAGUCUCCGCGUGUGCAGGGCUGACUGAAUUCGUGUCCGACUGUGCACGUCACCACAGACCAGACCAAAGCGCUUUAGUGCAGGCACUAUGUAUCUGUAUGUGUUUACAUGUGUGUGUGUGUGUGUGUGUGCGCGCUACCGUAUGUGUUUGUGCUUGUGAACUGUCAACAUGACGUGUGCCUCCGCAGUCUGGUGAAAGCAGCCGAGCGUCUUCUGAGGUUACAGGACACGCCCGUCCUGCUCUGACUUCCAGUCAACAGCGCUGAUCGUAUCUGUCUGUUGUGAAUAUCAUUUUCAUAAAUACGUACAGAACAUGCUCGGGCAGCUUUGAAGUCAGCGCUGCUUUCCAUGCCCUCUUUCUUCACCGCCUUUGUUGUUUCUCUCUCUGCUGUUGCUAUCAAUAAAGAAAUGACCGUGACCUUUUCUCUAGCGCCACCAGCAGGCCAUAAUGUUGUGAUAGCGGUCGUGGUCAUGGUGGUUUUGAGAGUUGAAAUGUCGUGACAACUUUGAUGAUGAUGGCUACAGGAUGAAACCUGGCAUUUUGUUGACCGUGCCAACAAGAAGAACACCUGUAUUAGAAAUAGUGGCCGAUUUAAGAAAUUUGGGGCCCAAGGCAAAGGCAGGCAUGGGGCCCUCUGAAAUGAGAAGACAACACACAAAACAGG